AUGCCUGUCUUCGAUGGGCGCGGGCUCGUGCCGCCAGCACCUUCUGAGGCCACGGAGGUGGUGGCCCCAAUACUGGUGUCUUCUGGCGAUUCUGGCGAGGAGGAGAGGCCGGACUCGGAGGCGACCCUGGAGGGGGAGGGGGAUAAUUCUCCCCUCGCGGAGGACCUCCUCCGCACCCUUCCCGAUGAUGACGAUGCCGGCGACCAUCCGGCGAGAGAGUCCCAGGCCCCCGCCGGAGUCACUACAAGUUCCAGGGGCACCCCCCCAAAGAACCCGUCGGGCAGGGUCCCGAGGAAGAGCAGGUCGGCGCUGGUCUCCCGAGGUGGCACCCUUGUUCUGACGUCGACCGGUGCUGCCGCAGGGCCAGCUGCCGCAGCCUCGUCCGCUCCUGGGACUCGCGUGACGGUGCCCCAGGCUGCGAGGCCUCCGGACUCCGUGCUUCUGAAGGGGCCGCAGGAGUACGUCGCCGUGGACCAGUCGACGCUGGCGGCGAAGAAGAAGAGGGAGGGAGAGGCCGCACCCUCAAUGACCCAGCAGCCUGGCCUGGCCGCACCUCCUCCGGCGCAGAAAGGCGGCAACAGCCCCUGCGCCUCUCCGGCCCGGUCAUUCUUGCGUGGCCCGGAGGACCAACCCCAUGAGAAGGCGACCUCCACAGCCAAGCCGGCUUCGGAGGCGCCCGCUCUCAACUCGCUGGCCGAGGUCCCACAGGCCCAGGAGCUCCCGGCCUCUUUUUCUGCUGCCAUCAAUUCGCAGAUCUUGGCGACGAUGUUGCAUCCUCCUCCUGUCUCACCGCUGGCUCGCGAUCCUUCUGCUUCGCCCGACGCUCUGGAGGAGGCUCUUUCUGCACUGACACGACUCCGAGAUGACCUUCAGGGCGCUGACCGUCGCCUGAUGGCGGGGCGCCUGGAGCUGAUCUGA